GUGUCCGCCGUGGGUCGCUCUAGCCCGCGCAGGAGCCGGCGAGACGCGGCGCCGGCCUCUCUAGGCUGCGGGAGACCGCGGUGGCGCCUCGCUGGUCGUGCGGUCGGCGAUGGGGUUCUGGCGCAAAGCGUUCAUCUCAAUCGCGAUCCUGGGUGCGUGGGCUGGCGUGGGCUCCGCACUCUUUGUCCUCGUGACCCCGGGAGAGGAGCGGGUUCAGGCGAUGCUGAAGGAGAUGCCAGGGCAGGACUUACGGAGCCGGGAAGAGGCGGCCAGGACCAAGCACUUAGUGAUGGCCGCUCUGCAGGAGGCAGCUGCCACGCCGGAGAAUGUGACCUGGAGGAAGAAGUGGCAGAGUGGCGGCGGCGGCGGGAAGUCAGCGUGAGCCGGAACCUGCACCGUGGGCGCGGGGAGCUCCGCUCCGGCACAGGAGCGGGAAGCAGCCUUUCUCUUCCAGGGACCUGGCGGGGAGCCCGGGCUGGGGGAGCUGCCGCCGGGUGAGCACUUCCCCCCAAACCCUGCACUGACUGCGCGUUCCUGUCCUUCUUGCGGGCCGGCGCCAUCGGAUGUGGUGAACUGAAGGAGCCAGUAAAUCACGUUCCCCCAUCCAGAAAGCGAGCCGUGAGGUGUGACGCCUGUAAAUGUCUCCUGUUGUGGGGUCGGUUCUGUGGGCUGGGAUGGCCGCAGACCCCAGUUCCCGCUUCCCAGGGGGGACCGAAGCCCAAUAGGCACAGCGAUCACGUUUUCAAAACACAAGUCAGGUCAUGUGCGUUUGAGUGUACUUUUGGGGGUAACCGAGCGACAUUCUCGAAAUCAGAACUGCCCUGGAAAAGCUUGUAGCGGCAGCUGCCCAGAGGACACUGGCUCCUGCCGCGCGGUUGGAGCGAGCUCCUAGCACUUAGCACGGGCCGGAGUCUUCCGGGGCCACUAGCCUGGGAGCCCGUUUGCUUGGAGUGGAAGCGUGUUUGGAGUCGGACAGACUUGACUCAGCUCCAGCAUGUUACACGUUUCCUCGGAGCCUCAAUACUGCUCUGUAAACGGUGAUCCUUACCUUAAGGGCGUCAUAAGAAUCAUUUAGAAAAGUGUAGGGCCUGGCAGAGCAGCCUCAGUAAAUAGUGGGGUUUCCCCUCAGGGUCUCACUGUAGGUGUCAGUCCGAGUCCAGUCAGAGGAUCUACUGGAAGUGAGGUUGCAGCCCCACAGCCAAGUCUAUUGCUUGGCGCCCCUUUUGUCCUUCCAGGAGAAAAAGGCUGCUUUUAUUACAUAAGUUUAGCCAGAACACUAAAUACAGAGGCAUAAACCCAGAUAUGAGCAUUGGUGCCCUUUUCAACUGCUGGAUGAAGUCAGCUGAAUACAAGUCAUGUGUGACCUUUAGUCUGUUUGUGGCCCUUUCCUAGCCUGGGAUUGAGGGGGGAGUCAGCAGGUGUUUGAGGGAACACUAGGGUCAGGUGAUCAGCGGCUGUGAGGCAGGUUCCGAUAAAGGUGCUUGGCACCUCGAGUUGGGCUCCCCAGGUGUGUGUCCAGGAUCUGUGACCAGCUACCUGUGUCAGCUUGGCCAAGUCCUGUGCUUUAGUGCCUGGGCCUCUAA